AGGGAUGGCCUGAGGGCCGGAGGCGGGAUGUGGGGACUCCUGUGAAAGGGCCCUCACGGCCACCCGCAGGCCGUGAGAGAAAAAGGCCCAGCUUUUGCUUGGAAAGGAUAAACUUCGAAACCUUUGGAAAAGGCGCCGGGGACAUGCAGAGACCUGCGGGGUAGGGAUCUCGAGCCGAGGGCCCUGCCGGAGUUGACAUGAAGAGGAAGGGGGCAGGUCUUCGGGAGCCUUAGGGGUGUGGCUGACGUGAAGAUGAGCAGCUCAGAGGAGGUGUCCUGGAUUUCCUGGUUCUGUGGGCUCCGUGGCAAUGAAUUCUUCUGUGAAGUGGAUGAAGACUACAUCCAGGACAAAUUCAAUCUCACUGGACUCAAUGAGCAGGUUCCUCACUAUCGACAAGCUCUAGACAUGAUCUUGGACCUCGAGCCUGAUGAAGAGCUGGAAGACAACCCCAACCAGAGCGACCUGAUUGAGCAGGCAGCCGAGAUGCUUUAUGGAUUGAUCCACGCCCGCUAUAUCCUCACCAACCGUGGCAUCGCCCAGAUGUUGGAAAAGUACCAGCAGGGAGACUUUGGCUACUGUCCCCGUGUGUACUGUGAGAACCAGCCAAUGCUUCCCAUCGGCCUUUCGGACAUCCCAGGUGAGGCCAUGGUGAAGCUCUACUGCCCCAAGUGCAUGGACGUGUACACACCCAAGUCAUCGAGGCACCAUCACACGGACGGCGCCUACUUCGGCACCGGUUUCCCUCACAUGCUCUUCAUGGUGCACCCCGAGUACCGGCCCAAGCGGCCCGCCAACCAGUUUGUGCCCAGGCUCUACGGUUUCAAGAUCCAUCCGAUGGCCUACCAGCUGCAGCUCCAAGCCGCCAGCAACUUCAAGAGCCCAGUCAAGACGAUUCGCUGAUUCCCCAUCCCACUUGUCCCUCAGUCUUUGGCACCUCCGAUCCUCUGCUGCCACCCUUUCAGGAACCCUCUAUGGUUUUUAGUUUAAAUUAAAGGAGUCAUUAUUGUGGUGGGAAUAUGAAAUAAAGUGGAAGAAAAGGC